AUGCAUUCCGCCUUUCGCUCGCUGGCGCCUCUUUCACCCGCAUCAUUUCUCGCACCCCGCGCACCCCGCGCACCCCGCGCCUAUCCUCUUCUGCCUUACCCCGUGCGACCCUUCCCCUCCUUCCCCUCCCCUUCCCUCCCCUUCCCCCCUUCCCCUCCCCUUCCCUCCACUUCCCCCCCCUUCCUUCCCCUCCUUCCCUCCUUCCCUUCCCUUUCAUUUCCCUCCUUCCCCUCCCCUUCCCUCCCCUUCCCCCCUUCUCUCCCUUUUCCACCAUUUCCCUCCUUCCCCUACCCUUCCCUCCCCUUCCCCCCUUUCCCUCCCCUUCCCCCCUUUCCCUCCCCUUCCCUCACCUUCCCCCCCGUUCCUUCCCCUCCUUCCCUCCUUCCCUGCUUCCCUCUCCUUUCAUUUCCCUCCUUCCCCUCCCCUUCCCCCCUUCGCUCCCUCUUCCCCACCAUGCUCCCCGCGCCUCACCUCUCGCGCACGCAUUUCCCGCAGAUGGCGCCGCCAAACGCGCCAUCCUGA